AUGACUGAAGAAAAAGUAGAAACAGAAGAGCCACAAGUAGAAGAAAAGCCUGCUGAAUUACCAAAAGAUCCAAAUGGCGAACUUCUCAAAGAGAAUAUGGUUUUACUUCUUAACGCUGCUCAAGGAAUUUGGAAAGAUGCUCUUGAAAGUCAGGCUAAAUUGACCGUUAAGAUAGAUUAUCUUCAAGAAAGUAUAAAUCAAAUUAAAGAAUUAUCAGCCCUUCCAAAUUAUCCUCAAGGAAUUAAACACAUUCAAAAUUCAAUCAAUAGAACACAGGCAUGCAAGAAGAGAAUUGCUAUGGUUCAAGCACGACUUAAUAAGUUGAAUCAAAUUCUUAAUGCUCCAAAACAAAAGUAA